AUGUUCCGGGUGGCCUGCCUCUUCCUCCCCCUGGUCGCUGCGCAAGAGGCGACUCUGCCAAGCCUUCGGGGCAGAGCAUUGGCUGCCAGCCGCAGCCUGAGUGACCUCCCCAGCUGCGCCCAGCAGCCCAACUUCCAGCUGGCCACCACUUGGUGCGGCCAGCAGAAAGAGCCCGUGGCCUGCUUCAAAGAACCCGACAGCCUGAACCCGGUCUGGGACUGCCACCUGCAGCUGCAUUCCGCCUGCUCCGGCGGGGCCACUCCUUGUGCCUGGCCCUUGGACGCCCUUGUCGAGGCCUCGGCGCCGGCGCGCGAAGCCUCUGCCGCCGACAACCAGGCUGGCCAGCCUACGCGCUUUGUGACCUGGAACUUGUACGUCUUCACACUGGCAGGGCGCAUCCAUCCAGUGGUCGACGAGUUGAUGCGGAUGCAGCCAGAGAUCGCGGCCAUCCCGGAGAUGUGGCAUGAGAAGAACGCCAUCAUCAGCCGGUUGAACCAGGUGUCCGGCAACGUCUAUGCCUUUGCCACAGGAGGGGCAACCGAGCAGUUCAACGAUGCAGACAUCCUCUUCCGCGCCGACAAGUGGGAGCACUUGGCCAGCGACCUGGUUCCCUUCUCUGAUGGCCGAGCAGUGAACUGGGCAGCGCUGCGCCGCAAGAGCGACGGAAAGACGCUGCUUGUCGCGGGGACCCACCCCCUGUGCUGCCGGGGAGACUAUGUGGUCAUUGAGGCCAUGCAGUUCGUGGCGCAGACCCUGUCCCAGAUUCAGCAGCAGCAUCCGUACCCCAUCGUCCUGAUGGGAGACCUGAACACUGGGUACUUCCAACCCUCCCAGCAGCUCCUGCGGCAUGGUCACAUGGAUGCCUUCGGCAAGCACUGGGAGAUUCCCAUGACCUUCACGGAUGCUUGGGCUGAGCUGCACCCGGGAAAUCCGGACCCCUCGACCAUCAACAACGACCCGGUGCGCCUGGACUACGUCUACUUUCAGAAGACCCCGAUUUCCGUUGGCCCCAUCGUCCAGAGUCAGGUCUGGCCUCGCGCGGCCGGCAGCGACCACCGCGCCGUGUCCGGAGACGUGGUGCUGCGAUAG